AUGGGAGGCUGGGAACACGACGAAACAAUUCAAGAGGCCGCAAUUAGGUUUAAGAGCAAAACCCAUCAAGAUGAAUUCAACCCGGAAGGGUGUUCUGGAGCUGCAAUGUUUGCCAUGUCUGCGGAGGAAGAACUCGAGUCGUGGCCUGAGCAAAGCACACGAAACAGAAAAUGGCUAACCGUAACAGAAGCAGCUGACAGCUAUCGGUACCCGUGGACUAGAGCUCUUAUCGAAGGCUUCGCCACGUGGCGUUAUGAAUCGACCGAUACCGAGAGAAAGUGA